CCAGUCCCCCUCGCAUUCGCAGUUCCUCGCCCUCUGCCAUUUCUCACAGCCCGGAGUCUGCUCAUCCCGCCCGUCCCUCUCUCUCUACAUAUCAUCUCGUCGUUCUCGUCGACCUCACUAGCCUCGCACUCGUAGCUGAGGUGAGGUCGCUCUGGCGACGAUAUACAAAGGGAAAGCACCGAGAGAGACUAGGGGCAGGCGGUGCGUAUUCACGCCGAGAGGCGUACGAGACUGUGAAGAGACGACCAUAUACCCCAUCGCACCCUUCUCGCUCUCACGCUCGGAACAGUCUCCGACUAAGACUAUACCAUCAAUCAAUACCCGCAAUCCCUCAACGAGACUGCACUUAGACGCCGCGCACGAUGUCAGACUCAGGGAAUAUUAAGGUCGUGGUCCGAUGCAGGCCCAUGAACACGAGAGAGAGGACGAGGGGUGCGUCAAAUUUGAUCGAGGUCAAGGAUGAGCAUCAGCUCGUGCUGCAGCCGCCGCAAGAGGGCGACUCGAGAGAGAAUGCAAGGGCAACGAAAAAGAAGUCGAUGCCCUUUUCCUUUGAUCGUUCUUACGACGAAAAUACGGAGCAAAGGGAGUUGUUUGAGUAUGUCGGCUUGGAGCUCCUUGAGCACAGCUUCAACGGGUUCAACACGUGUGUCUUUGCCUACGGACAGACGGGCUCUGGGAAAUCGCACAGCAUGGUGGGCUACGCAGAGGCAAAGGGCCUCAUUCCCCUCACCUGCUCCAAGCUCUUCGAUGAUGCGUCUGAAAAGAUGGACGCCGACCCAAAUCUUCGCAUCACCGUCGAGGUCUCCUACAUUGAGAUCUACAAUGAAAAGGUCCGCGAUCUCCUCAAUCCAAAGAAUAAGGGCAAUCUUCGCGUACGUGAGCACCCAAGUCUGGGCCCAUACGUCGAGGACCUCAGCAAGCUUGUUGUCAAGGACUUCAAUGACAUUGAGCAUCUCAUGGACGAGGGCAACAAGGCAAGGACAGUCGCAGCUACCAACAUGAACGAGACGUCAUCACGAUCCCACGCUGUCUUUACCUUGGUGGUGACGCAGAAAAAGAAGGACGAGGAGACGAAGCUCGAGGCGGAAAAGGUGUCGCGGAUCAGCCUGGUCGACUUGGCAGGUUCGGAAAGGGCCAACUCUACGGGCGCUACCGGAUCGAGGCUCAAAGAAGGAGCCAACAUCAACCGAUCCCUGACUACGUUGGGAAAGGUCAUUGCGGCCUUGGCACAGGCUUCCUCUGAGCCGUCUAAGACGAAGAAGAAGGCAGCGCUGGAGAACUUCGUCCCGUAUCGAGACUCUGUCCUGACGUGGCUGCUCAAGGACAGCCUCGGUGGUAAUUCUAAAACGGCCAUGAUUGCCGCCAUCUCGCCAGCCGACUACGAGGAGACGUUGAGUACGCUCCGAUACGCAGACCAGGCCAAGAAGAUCAAGAACAAGGCGGUGGUCAACGAGGAUCCCAAUGCAAGGCUCAUUCGCGAGCUCAAGGAGGAGCUCGAGAUGCUUCGCACGCGGGUCUCUGGUGGAGGAGGCAUGGGUGGCGAGGGCGAGAGCACAUGGGAUCCAAACGUGCCCCCGGAAAAGCAGGUGGUACGCUACCAGACCAAGAGCGGCGAAGUUCGGACUGUGACAAAGGCCGAGCUGCAGGAGCAAAUGGAGCAGAGCGAGAAGCUGAUGAGCAGCCUCAACCAGAGCUGGGAGGAAAAGGUCGCCCAGACACGGGCGAUCCAGCAGGAGAGAGAAAAGGCCCUCGAAGAAUUGGGCAUUUCCGUCGACAAGGCAAACGUGGGCGUGCACGCCCCAAGACGAUUGCCCCAUCUCGUCAAUCUCAACGAGGAUCCGCUCAUGUCCGAGUGCCUCAUCUACCAGCUCAAGCCCGGCACUACUACUGCGGGCAACUUCGAAGGAGAAGGCGCAGAUGGCGGUGCUGCUGCUCGCAUUCUCCUUAGCGGGAGCACCAUAUUGCCGGAACACUGCACGUUUGAAAAUGUCGAUGGCGUCGUCACUCUACAUGCCAACAAGGCCGACAGCAUGACGAUGGUCAAUGGCAAAAAGAUCUCGCCUGAUGAACCAAAGCGGCUCCGAUCGGGCUACCGAAUCAUCCUUGGAGAGGACUUUCGACAUGUCUUUAGGUUCAAUCAUCCCGAAGAGGUGCGCAGGGCCCGCGACAAGGUCCGCAUGGCUUCCACUAUGGGUGAUGAGACCGUCGUUGGAGACGAGUCGUCGAGACCCGAUUCGCCAAGUGGCUCCGAUACCAACGAGGGCGAUGUCGACUGGUCCUAUGCUCGACGAGAAGCUGCCAUGGCACGUCUCAAUGGGCAGGACGUCAACUUUGACGCUUUAAACGAGGACGAUCUCGAAAAGCUGUACGAGGACAUUGCCAGGGCGAGAUCAAAGAAGGUUGGGGCCAACUGGCGUCCGGAUAGCCGUCUCAGCUCCUUUGACGACAAUGGUAGCGAGACGGCGAGCUCGGAGCUGCUGCGGCCAUACUCGAUGAGCGCAUAUACCGACGAUACAAGUAUAGACCCAUGGUCGUUGAAUGUCCUGAGCGAGAGAGGCUCUCCGCGGCUCAACGGUGGUCUCAUGAGAGAUGACGGUGGCUCUACCAUCGGCACACCGGACCCAGAAGUGAUCAACCAAGAGACGCUCGAUCUCAAGCUAAAGGUCAAGGAGUACGAGGAGCGCUUCACGAAGCUGGCAAACAAUCGGGAUGUGAACCGACUGGACCUACCAGCAAAUUAUUCGGACGAGGAGAAGCGCUUGCUAGCCAAGGCGCUGGAGAAUUGGAGGAGACAUACGAAGGUGUCGAUGGCAGAAGACGUCCUUUCGAAUGCCGUGUUGGUCAAGGAGGCUAAUGUCAUCAGUAAAGACCUGGGCAAGCAGACAAGCUACCAAUUUACUGUCGUCGACGACGGUCCGCUUGCCAACCCGACUUCUUCAGUAGAGGCCAUCGCAGGCCUGACAGAGUUUGACGAUGUGGCCGAUGCCGAGCUGGCAAGUGCGCCGAAACCAUGCAUUGGCGUCAAGGUCAUGGACCACUUGCACAGCACUGCUUACGUCUGGUCCCUGGCCAAACUGGAACAGAGGCUGCAAAAGAUGCGCAACCUCUACAACUUCAUCGACCGGCCCGAGUACUCGCAGCACUUCAAUUGGGCCGACCCCUUCUACGAGGAUCCGUCGCCUCCCUACACAUUUGUAGGCAAUUGCCUGAUCCCUCUCUGCCCACUGUCUCACCAAGUCUCGGCAAAGUAUCGGCUUCCAAUUACAUCGCGACAUACAGGUCAGGAAAUUGGCAGCUGCAGCGUCGAGGUCAAAUUUGUCAGUCUGGCUCGAGCCACUCUGGGCGUCAAUGGACGGGGUGCGAGCCAAGUCAGCGGUGCCUCUUCGCCGGCCUUGUCACAGAGUUCUGCCAAUGACGUAAGCGACCUGCCAGUUGGCCACAAGAUUGGUUUCCAGCUCUCGGUCGAUUUGGUCGAGGGCUUGUCAGCUGAUGAAUACGAACGGGUGCACAUCCAAGUGCGUCUCAGUACUCUCGCGGGCUCCUCGAUCGCGAAGGACGACGUCUAUGCGUCGGUGCCGGCAGAGACAAAGGCAGGAAGCAGCAAGCUCGUAGAUGUCAAGAUGAGGCGGACAAUCACUUUUGUCCUGACGAGAGACAUCAUUGCCCAUCUCAGGUCGGGCUUUGCACCCGUCGAGUUUCAUGCAAAGGUCAAGGACAAGUACCUGAUCGGCUUGGAAAGGUUCGAUGCAGACAAGGAGGCGCACCGAUCAAUGGCCAAAUCACCAGCGAGUACGGGCGCGAGCAAUGGUAACGGACAGCCUAGACCGACGCUGCACGUCAAGUCGAGCUCCGCGGGGCGGCUUUCAGAGAAGGAAAUGGUCAAUGAAGAGCGACACGACGUUUUGUCGUCAGUCCAGCUUUGCGAGCUAGAUGCUUCAGGCGACUAUAAGCCUGUUGCUGUGCGAGCCCAGUCGGCCCUCGACCCGGGCGCCUUCUUUUUGAGGCAGGGCCUGCAGCGCAAGCUUGUCCUUCACCUCUCUCAUGACUCGGGGCGACAGUUUCCUUGGACAAGAGUGUCGAAGCUGGAGCUGGGUCAGGUGCGCCUUUUGGAUCCAAAGGGCAAGAUCCACGUCUCCACGCUGGGCGAUGCUGUGCAGCUCAAGGUGCCAAGCAAGCAGCAAUCGGUCUCCUACAAUGCCAAUGGCACCAGCCAGCUGACGCUGUGGGCCUGGUGGGACAGCAGCGUGCACGACUCCAUCUUUCUCAAUCGCGCCACUGCCAGCGGACACCGAGUCCUGCUUCGGCUCGGAUUCUGGAUCGACGUCGACAGCUGCAGCGAGCCAGCCCAUUUCGAGAUGGACAUUGCCGUAGCCAUCAACGGAAGAGACGCCAAACCGCCUGGCAAACUCAUGAGCUUCAUCGAAUCGGCCGCCAGCGGUAGUCGGACAUUGAGUAAGACGAGCGCAAUCUUUGCCGUCCGAUUGGUCCCUCCCAUGACAAAAACGACGCGGGAGCUUUGGAGGCUCGACACGGCGGCCAAGUACGUCCGUGGAGAAGAGUCGUUGAGGGGCUCGUGGAGACCGAGGGGCGUGAGCUUGGUGCAUGACCACGCAAAGCUUCUGAGGAGGGAGAAGAGGAGGGCAGAGGUCGAAGGCGUUAGAGCCCUCCUCCAAGCCAGGCCGCCACUCUCAAUUAGUGCGCCUUCUCCCAGCAAGAAUGGCAGUGGGUUGAGAGAAGACUCGAGAGUCGUCGAGAGAGCGUUGGCAUUCUGGCAAGCAGCCUACGAAGACACAAAGGUGCCCUCUGUCCUGAGCAAGGAGAUGGAGCCCAACGAAGAAGGGGAAGGGGAGGCUUUGAGCGAGCAGAAUGGCAACCAGCUUCUUGCACCGCCGUCGAGCUCUGAGCCGACCAAGGGGAAAAGCUCGUCCGAUCUUGUGCCACCGCCAAAGCUCACAGCUCAGGUGAGCCUGGUGCCUCGGACCGAUACUGCGGCGAAACGAGGCUGGUUGGCCAUGCCGCUCGAGGCCUUUACCGACCGCUGGGUUCGAAGAUGGUUUGUUCUUCGGCGGCCGUACCUCUACGUCUAUGAGUCCAGCUCGGAGCUCGACGAGAUCAUGGCCAUGAACCUGUCGUCAGUGCGAGUGGAAACCAACGACCAGAACGUCGAACAGCUCCUCAAUCGCAAAUUCGUUAUGGCUCUCUACACGACGGCCAACUCGUACUUUUUGCAAGCUCCUUCGGAGCAGGAGCUCGAGAGCUGGGCGAGGUGUUUGGACAGUUUUCAUACGGUGCGCAGGUGAUCGUCCACUUGUUUUCCUCUCUUUUUUACUCUCUUCUUUUACAUUACUCCUCCCUGUCACGGUGAUGUUUAUACUCAAUGUAUUCCGUUACACGCUUGUUCAAUAAGAGAUCAAUCGUCUUGAC